ACCAGUUUUAAAUGUAAAUAUCAAUGCAAUUAAUGAUUAGGAAAAUGGGUUCACUCUAGAUUGCCUUAUUCUUAAUGCAGUAUUACCAAUAAUAAUGUUCUAGUGUUUUAUGAUUAUGGAUUCUACAUGGGAAGAUUUUGUUGGAUUACCUGCUGAUCCUCCCUCAAAGCGGGAUAUCUGUGAUAAAUGCAAACGGCCAAGCAAUGUCUGCUGGUGCCCAUACCUGCCCAGCGAGCCGCUAAGCCCAGUAUCUCGUGUCGUGCUGCUGCAGCAUCCUGCGGAAGAGAAGAGAUGUCUCAGAACUGCACCAAUGCUGAGUCUUGGCCUGUCUCCUGGACGUUGUCUCAUUUACAAAGGAAAAAAGUUUCCUCAGCAGAGACAUGAUGGUCUGCUUGAGAUACUCUCCGACCCACAUUCGGUACUGCUGUAUCCGAGCAGGGCUGCCACUACAUUGGAUGAUUUACUGCUAACCUCCAAGCCUACCAAUCUUGUGAUCAUCGAUGGAACAUGGCCGCAGGCUAAGACCAUUUACAACAACUCACCAAUCCUACAUUCAAUGAAGCAAGUGAAACUUGUACUGGGAGUGACGAGUGAGUAUGUGAUCCGCAGUCAGCCAACGGACGGUUGCCUCUCGACGUUAGAAACUGCUGCAGAGGCACUGGCGCUUGUGGAGCGGUCGGCUGCUUACAAGGCGGUACUUCUGCAACCUCUACGGGCCCUGUGUGAUUUCCAGCUGACUCAUGGUGCCGUUACACACCAGAGUAAGGAAUUCCGCAUCAAAAAUGAGACUUACCCCAAGCUCAUCGGCAAGCGGCUUGAAAAACUUCUCAGGUCUACUGAGAGUUGAGUGGAAGAUUCCUAAAUUGUUUUCUAAUAAUGAAAAAAUUAAUUACAUUAUUUAUUAUUUUUAAUAAAUAUAAUUACGCUUUAGUAUUUUUUAAAUUGGUUCUGCAAAAAAAAGGAUGUUUGUAGUGGAAAAAUGAUAUUGUAUUAAUUAUAAUUUUUUUCCACUAAUACUUUUUGGAUACACGUCAUAUAUAUUUUUAUGAUUUAUAUGAUAUGAGUAUAUUAUGUACAAGGUGAUACAGUGUUCUAAUUACAAACAAGCAGUGGUUUGUUUAUGAUUUUAAGAACGGAUUUAAUGUUUUCUAAAAAAAUUAUAUC